AGUGGAGUUGUACAUAGGAGAAAAAGAGAGAAGCGAAGGGAAAGGCUUGGCUGGCUAAACUAAAUAAGUUGAAGUAAGUAAUGCCCCCGUUCUAGUAUGGUACUUAGCAACCUCCCCGCAGCUUCCUAAAUCCUCGGCCAGGCGGCUCUGCCAGCUGGUUUAAUUUUGUGAACCCAAACCCCCGAGCCCUCUCUUCCUAGCUAGGUCGACCCUUACAUUGUACCCUGUGACACCCCUACGACCUCUGGGGUAUUCCCAGCUCUCCCUCUGACUCUCUCUUAAAAUAAUAAGAUGAAUAUAGAAAUGUGCUAAUAUGGGUAAAUGUGAGAGCUUCGUCAUUAAUCGGUGAUGAUGAUGAGGUUAGAAAGGCCAGGUCGGCCGUGUGUGUGAGUGUGUGGGGAUCACUUAUAAACACCACGUUUUUCCUUCGAUUGUUCUUUGCUCUUUUUCUUUCCCUUACUUAAAACCCCCCCUUCCCUUCCCCUCCUUCGCAUUUCUCUCCUCAAAUCAAAAUCUCCCUCUUUCUCUCUUUGCUCUCACUCUCAGUCUCAUUUCCUCUCUCCCUUCUACUUCAACAAGAAAGAAGCUACCAAGCAAAAACCUUCACUUUCUGCAUCCUUUAUUCAUAAACUAAACUUCUUUAAAGGUGCUUACUUCUACAUAGUUAACAGUUUGCUGUUAGCAUCAUAUUGAAUAGGAUUUUAGUUUUAAGAAACAGGGCAAUGGGUGACUCACCAAACUCGGAAACGGAGUCAAGCACUCUUAGCAAUAACUCCUCUACUCUGUCUCUACCUUCACCAUCCUCCUACGUCGGUAAAAAGAGAUCGGCUGAUGACCCUACACCCGACCCGAAGAGGCAAAAGCGUCCGAGAGACAGUAGCAAGCACCCGGUUUACCGUGGGGUCCGAAUGCGGACGUGGGGCAAAUGGGUAUCUGAAAUUCGAGAGCCCCGGAAGAAGAACCGGAUCUGGUUAGGCACUUUUUCGACUCCCGAAAUGGCGGCACGUGCCCAUGACGUGGCAGCCUUAAGUAUCAAAGGCAACUCUGCGAUUCUCAACUUCCCCGAACUCGCCGGGUCGUUGCCACGACCAGCUUCCAACUCGCCUCGUGACGUCCAAGCCGCCGCUGCUAAAGCUGCCUCAAUGGAGUUCUCAAGUAGUAACAGUAACCACACCACCGCCACAUCAUCGUCGUCGUCGUCAUCAGCGUCCACGUCAACGUCAUCGAAUGUCGAUGACGUGUCGACGCCGGAGGAGCUGAGCGAGAUAGUGGAGUUGCCAAGUCUGGGAACGAGUUACGAGUCGGCCGAGUCAGGGAGCGAGUUCGUGUACGUGGAUCCGGAUGAUGGGUGGCUUUUGAAUCCCAGUGGCGUGCCGUGGUAUUAUGAAGAAAAUUGUGGGUAUUUUGGGGACGAAAUUUCAAUGCAAAUGCAAGAAAGUGUGAUUACAACUGGGUUUGGUCCUUUACUAUGGGAUCAUUAAUGCAUAACCAAAGAAAAAAAAUUCUACGUGUGCCCGUUUUUUGGUCUAAAAAUCUCUUUACAGUUUUUAUUUUACGAAAUUGCCCUUUUGCAAUUUUUUUCUCUAGGAAAGGGCAAAAAAAAUACCUUGCUUCGGUAUCAAGAUGUUUGUGCUCGGUUGUGCUAGAGUUUUUGGUCUCUUCUUUCAGCAGUGGUCCAUUGGGGUGAAUCAAAUCCUUAAGGGAAAAAAAAGUGGCAAAUUUUAUAAGAGACUUUGAGCUUGGCAUGCAGUUGUUUUGCUUGGAUUGGUCAAAUUCUACUGCUUUUUAGAGAAAGAAGAAUAAUGUAUGUGGUAAAAAAGUGUUACAAAGCUUGGAGAACACUUAAUCUUUUUUCAAUAGGAUAAAGAAAAGGUCAAGACAAUGGGUUCUUCUUCUAAUUCUUCUUCUUCUUCUUCUUCUUGUGUAUAGUUUAUUUUUUUCUUUGUUUGAUCUUAGCUUUUGUGUUGAUUUUGGGCAUUGACAAGUGAUGUGGAGUAAUUAAAGCUCAUAUGUUUCUGUUUGGAGUGAUUCAAUGUUGAAGACACUGCCAAUGCGUUUGAUAAAACCAUUGAAUUAUAAUAGGCUCAAGUCAAAAAUUUUCA